GGAAAUAAAAUAAGUCACACCCACACAAAAAGGUCCAACUGUCCUCAGCUGCAGCCGCACAAGAAAAAUAUAUUUAAAAUCCAUCCUGGGGAUUUAUUUAUUUUAAGUGGUUUAUCUUUUAAAAGCGGCAGAGUUUCAUCAUGUCUAAGGCUGCAGCGCUGAAAAUAAGCAGAGACAACGCAGUCAAGGUGGAAAACUUCCGCCAGUCGCUCUAUCAUGAGGCUGAGAAUCUGUUCUCCAGUUUCAUUCCUCUGAAGAUAAUUCAGCUGGAUGCUCUGCUCAGGGAUGACGCUCUCAGCAUCACAGACAUGUCUUCACUCCAGGCUCCUCUGGAUAUUCCCAUCCCAGAUCCUCCUGCUCCAGAAGAUGAGGAAAUGGAGACAGACAAGAACGAUGAGGAAGAGAAGAAGAAGAAGAAAGCUCCAAAGUGUGGCUUCAUCAAGGGAAACGAGAAGAUCAUGUUGCUCCUGGACAGAGUCAAGCCUGAGAUCGUGGGUCUCAGAGAAACCAUCCUGGUUGUUUCAUGCUGGAUUCAGCACCUCAUUCCUAAAAUAGAGGAUGGGAAUGACUUCGGAGUGGCCAUCCAGGAGAAGAUCUUGGAGAGAAUCGCUGCAGUUAAGACCAAAGUCGACGGUUUUCAGACCAACAUCAACAAGUACUUUUCAGAGAGGGGGGACGCCGUCGCCAAAGCCUCCAAAGAUACUCACGUGAUGGACUACCGCUCACUGGUCCACGAGAAGGACGAAGCGAUCUUCUCCGAGAUCAGAGUGAUCGUCCUGGACGUCCGUGGAUUCUACGCUGAGCUGUAUGACAUCAUCACCAAGAACCUGGAAAAGGUGACCAAUCCUAAAGGCGAGGAGAAGCCGUCGAUGUACUGAAGUCCCUGAGCUGCAUUCAGCACAUCUACCCAUGCUGGUGGACUAAAGUCUUUAACUUCAUCCCUACAGUCCAAAUCCAUAACCCGAUGUUGAUUUGAUCACUUCGUUUUGACGCAACACUUCAUUCUGACCCGACGUUUGCACUAAAAUUGAACUUGUCAAUAAAUAAAAACUUCUUUUUUUUUCCAAAA